AUGGCGUCCGCGCGCGCGAUCUCGAGCGCGGACGCGGGUGAUUCUUCGUCGCGACGCGACGGGCGCGCGGCGGUGGGGACGAGCGAGACGACGUCGAUGACGACGCGGUUGAUUCGAGGGACGCUGAGCGCGGCGUGCGUGUGCUGCGGAACCGUCGGCGGCGCGGUGGUCGGAGCGAUCGCGGGCGCGGCGUCGUCCAGGGGCGUCGUGCGAGGGGCGGUGUGUGGGGCGUACGCGGGGGCGCUGACGCUGUUGGAGACGAUGGAUUUAGAGGGUGAUUACGAAGGGUCUUCUGAGGGGGAGGUUGGACGCGAGGCGAACGCCGAGACGGGCGGCGAGUGGUACGCCGUGCGCGAGGACGCGAGUGACGGGUCGAUGCGAAUAGUGGCGAUGCCGUUCACGCACGCGAUGAACUUUACGCAGGUUUUGAGGAUGUUGGCGAACGGUGAGGCGGAUCGCGGGGCGAGCGCGGUGAAGGUGGCUGAGCUCCCGAGUCGGACGUUUCGUCGAUCGGAAGGCGGCGUCGACGCGAUCGACGGGAUGUGCGCGGUGUGUCUCGACGUCUUCUUGGACGGUGAGAUGGUGAAGACGCUACCGUCGUGCGCGCACGAGUUUCACGAGGCGUGCAUCGAUCGAUGGCUGCUUCGUAGGGAUUGCUGUCCGAUUUGUCGCCGACGCGCGUCGAUCGACGUAGAUCGAGAGCAGAACGUCGACGGCGAUUCCGACUCGAGCGCGUGA